GCUACAGGGCGAAUAACAAACAAAUAAAAACAUUUCAUCACUUCGAUUAGUAAUAUUACUUUGACCAGUCGUAUGGAAAAGUAUACUUGUUGUUAUUAGAAGUGCAGUACAUAAUAGAUUUUCGCAAGAUUUAAGGAAAUAAGAUCGAUAAAAUAUAAAAAUGAGCAAAAAAGUUGAUUAUCCUGAACUUCGUGCACAACUAGAAGCUCUGAACAACAAAGAGCUGCAUCAUAAGUGCGUUGAAUAUGGCCUGAAUGUACCAGUGGCCGACUCAACACGCGACGUCAUCAUACGCAAAUUAAUUAAAUCGAUCACAGGAACCUCGAAUGUUUCAUCGCCCAAAAUCAACAAGAAAAUUGCCUCCUCACCGACCGAUAGACGUAAAACCGUAAAUGUUGUAGUGCACGUAUCUAGUGAUGAAGAUGAGACAGGAGGGCAAAAGCAGAAAACUACUACUAGAAACAAAGCACGCACGCAAUCUCCGAAAGGACACAAUGUAUCAUUCGAUCCAAAAAUUAAUAACAAACAAAAUAACUUAUCAGACAAAGCAACACGAUUUGACAAUAAUGAAACUGUUGGUGUUGGACUUGGUAACAGGUCACGUAUUGUGCCCUUGGAAAUGACGUCAGGAAAUAUUACCAGCAAUGCAAAUACCAAGGCUAAUUUUGCUGCUUACAACGUAUCGGCAUCUAAUUUCGAUUCAAAUCAAAUACGCAAUAUUAAUAGCACAUUUGCACAAGAAGUGCCUGCAGGUAGCUACCAGCAAUCUACACCGAAAUUAGGCUUAAGUCAGACGCGAAUUUUAAACACAACCUAUGAACAAGUUGAUGAUAAUUCGAUGCUCCAGAGAAUUAUACCAUCGCCUCAAGAACAUGCCCCAAACAGAACAGUCGAUUUUUACAGCGCAAGAUCGCCAACCAAUUCUUUCAAUAUUGAAAAUAUGGCAAGUCAUUCGUCCACGAUUGGUAGUAACUUCGCUACUGCUUCGUCUCCUUCAAGAGACACCUUCUUUAAACGACCGGCGGCAUUGUCAAAGUCAUCUGUAACUAACACAUCUUAUAAUCAAUCUGAUGCCCAAAGAUUGUAUCCACGCUUACCAACUGAUAUAAUUACUCCACAAAUAUAUACACCAUCACCUCCCCCAACACCAGAUUCCCAAAAAUCAUCAAGUUCUGGUCGAACACCUUCACUGACAAAGUCAGGUGUAAUGACAACUGCAUACUAUCAGGAAAUUGCACCCGUUAAAGAGGUAAAGCACUUUGAAGUAGAAAGUGGGGAAGAUCUCUUGGAAGAUGCUUCAGUAAAUUAUAGCCGCAAAAAUACAACUAGCAGUGGUAAUUAUGAACGACCAAGCUACUUUACUGGUAUAAAUACCGGCACGGCCUAUACAAGCAGUCCAUUAAACAGGGAAACAUAUAUAGCCGGCAAUGUAGGUGCAGAAACACCACCGUCACCAUCGCUCAAACGAUUUUCACCCAUAUCAGGCACCAAUAAAAGUUAUACGCGAAGCAUUGACGAACCAGAUAGUUGUUCGAGCGAGGGUGAAGAACUCUCUGCUGGAGAAAUAUACGUGCAAGACAGUGACGAGGAGGAGGAAUAUUUGGCAGGUACCAAAAAAAUAUACAGCAGCUAUGGCAGCAAUAAAAUACAGGAACGUUUACCGUAUAGACGUAGCAAUACUGCACGGCUAAGCUCUUCACCAAGCCCACGUUACAGUCAAUAUUCCCCCGAACGACGCUCAGCGAGCCCUGAUAACGAUGAUGAUGACGUUAAUGCAUCCCUGAGAAAUUUCUUAACAACAUUGGAUCGCAAAUACCACAUUAAGCAAAUGUUAUAUAUGUUUGCCAUAUUUGUUGGAGCAGUGUUUAUCUAUGUGGUUUUCAUCGAAAAGAACCCAGUAACUGAAGAUGAAGAUGUGCUGAUAACUAGUAAAAUACAUUCUUGAUGUGUUGGUAGUGAACCCAGACCGCAAAGUAGAUAACAAAAAGGACGAAAUAAUAUUCUUAACUAAUCGAACAAUUUUGUAAAGUAAAAUAGUAUUUGAUAUGUUUAUGUUUGUAUGUAAGAAAGAAAAUUUAAAUUUCAUGUACUAAAAUUGAGUGUAUUUGAUUUUUACAGUAAGUAAAAGCCGUAUUCUGUUUGUUGUAUCAUUUCUGCUUGUAGAAAAAAAUAUUUAAUAUGAUACCCAAAUAGUAAAUAAACGUAAUUAAAAAUGUAU